GCUCCCUCUCGCGCCAUAUUGUGCUGACGGGAAUAUCUCUGUGCAUUGCUUCAGAGUGUGAGGGUGUGGGUGGGUGUCGGCCGUGUUAGCUGCUGCUCUUUUAGCGAAGGCAGUGUUCGUGUUCCUACUACUACUUCUCUCUUGUGUCUCGGGUCAGCAGGACGUGUGUGCUUCGGACGCGAGCGGGAUUUGGCUCUUUAUGUGUGCGCCGAAAGCAAGGCUCGACGCGGGCAAAGCAGGUCGCGGCGGUGCAGCAGGCCCGGAGGGAGGCGUGGCGUCCUUCUAAGCAGCUCGCGGGGAGGAGGAGGAGGAAACUCGAACCUCGUCCCUCGUUCACGCCCCCGCCUCUCGCCGCCGGCCACCCCUCGCCCCCUCCUGCGCUCACGCCCUUGCCGUCCUCGCCGCCGUCGCCGCCGCCGCCGCCACCAUUAUGCUGGAACCGAGCAGCUCUGAGGAGGAGUCUGAUGGAGAGGUGAAGGAGGAGCCCGGAAUCCCUGGGCGUGGACUGCCGUCGCGGUCCGGGGGCGCGAGCGCCGCCCACGACCACCAUGCCCCAGAUGGAGGCCCGCAGGCGCCCGCCCCCCACCCGUCCCUGCAGGUUCCCGGCGCCAACAGCUCGCUCCCGAGGAGACCGAGCAUGCGAGCGGGCCAAGGGUAUGACAGUAGGAGCGUGUCGCCGGCGAGCACCCUCAGCGUGGACACCAUCACCGUGGGCGGGGGCUCGAGGGCGAACUCUCUCCCUCGACCCACCUCGCCCUCGCCCUCCGUCAUGAGCGACAAAACCAUGACCCAGGAGGACCCCGCGGAAAAACAAGAACGCGAGGAAGAGGAGCGGAAAAAGCGACUGCAGCUGUACGUGUUCAUCCUCCGCUGCAUUUCGUACCCGUUCAACGCCAAGCAGCCCACCGACAUGACCAAGAGACAGAUCAAGGUCACCAAGCAGCAACUCGAGACGAUUCAAGGACGAUUCCAGAGUUUCCUGAAGGGCGAACUCCAGAUCGCAGCUGACGAGGCCUUUACCAACGCGGUGCAGAGUUACUACGAAGUGUUCCUGAAGAACGAGCGCCUCCUGUCCAUGGUGAUCUCGGGCGCGUGUUCGCAGCACGACCUGAGGGAGGUCUUCAAGCACAACGUCGAGAAGAGAGUCAGGUCAUUGCCUGAGAUCGACGGCUUAAGCAAAGAGACUGUCCUGACCUCCUGGAUGGCGAAGUUCGACAUGAUCAUCAAAGGAGAGGAGGAGAGCAAACGCCCGGGCAGGAUGCAGCAGAGCCUGAACAGCGAGCUCAUCAUGCCCAAGGAACAGCUCUUUGACAUGUUCCAGCAGAUCCUCACCUUGAAGAAGUUUGAACAUCAGCUGCUCUUCAAUGCCAUGCAGCUGGACAGCCAGGAUGAACAAGCAGCAGCCAUCCGCCGAGAACUGGACGGCAGGAUGCAGAAAGUUGCGGAAUUAGAGAGGAAUCGCAAGUUGAUGCCCAAGUUUGUUGUGAAGGAGAUGGAGUCCUUGUACCUGGAAGAGCUCAAGACCUCUAUCAACCUGCUGAUGGCCAACCUAGAAAGUCUCCCAGUGUCCAAGUGCUCGCAAGAAGGCAAAUAUGGCUUGAAAACCCUUAGAAAAUACAAUCACAGCAGGUCACAGAGCUCACUGAGCGGUAGAGACAGCGACAGCAUGGACAACGAGGUCACACUCACCAAGAUGGAUGUCGUUUUGUCGUUCGUAUUGGAGGUGUUGAUCAUGGAGGUUCGGGAGAUAAAGCACUUGCCGCCCAACAGAAUCGUAUAUUGUACUAUGGAAGUUGAAGGGGGUGAGAAACUGCAGACGGAUCAGGCUGAAGCUUCUAGACCAAUGUGGGACACUCAAGGUGACUUCACAACUACACACCCCUUACCAGCUGUAAAGUGUAAGCUGUAUACAGAAUCCGCCUCUAUGUUAUCUCUAGAAGACAAGGAACUAGGCAGAGUAGUCCUAAAACCAACCGCUCUCUCUCCAAAGAUACCAGAAUGGUACAAGAUGCAAGUGCCAAAAAAUUCACCUGAGAAUAAUUUAAAUAUUAAGAUAACAGUGCGUAUGGACAAACCCCAAAACCUUAAGCAUUGUGGGCAUUUGUACGCCUUAGGAAAAAGCUGCUGGAAAAAGUGGAAGAAGCGAUAUUUCUGUUUGGUACAAGUGUCGCAGUAUACGUUUGCAAUGUGCAGUUACCGAGAGAGGAAGAGUGAACCUACAGAAAUGAUGCAGUUGGAUGGGUAUACUGUGGAUUAUAUUGAAGCUGUGUCAGCACAACUUAUGGUUGGAAUGGAUUUGGAAGGUGGGAGAUUUUUCUUCAAUGCAGUCAGAGAAGGGGAGUCCAUUCUUUUUGCGACAGAGGAUGAGAAUGAAUCCCACCAGUGGGUGACAGCCUUGUAUCGAGCCACAGGCCAGGCUCACAAGCCAACACCACCUGUUAUGCCUCAAGGAAAGAACUCCACUCUUUCUAAAAUACAGGGAGAUGCGGACAAGGCUAAGAAACAUGGCAUGGAUGAAUAUAUUAGUGCAGAUCCAGUUAGAUUUGACCACCAUAGCCUCUUCAGAUUAUUACAGACACAAACCCUUGAGUAUCGUCUCAAUGACCCAUAUUGUUCAUUGGGUUGGUUCAGUCCAGGCCAGAUUUUUGUUCUGGAUGAGUAUCAGGCCCGUUAUGGUGUCCGAGGUUGCUUCAGACAUCUGUGUUACCUUGAAGAUCUACUUGAUCGUGCCGAGAAGGGACAGAUGAUUGACCCCACUCUCAUACACUACUCCUUUGCCUUCUGUGCCUCCCACGUUCACGGGAACAGACCGGAUGGAGUGGGAACCGUCCUGGCUGAAGAGAAGGAGCGCUUCCAGGCCAUCAAGGAAAGGUUAAGAGUCUUACUUGAACACCAGAUUACCAACUUCAUGUAUUGCUUCCCAUUUGGUCGACCUGAAGGUGCCCUCAAAGCCACACUGUCUUUACUUGAACGGGUAAUGAUGAAAGAUAUAGCAACUCCAGUGCCCCCUGAUGAGGUGAGAGGCACGAUUAAGAAGUGCCUAGAGAAUGCCGCUCUCUUAAACUAUACCCGUCUGUCGGCUGAAACAAAGAUUGAAGGUGGAGACACCACUCUGCAAGAGGACCUAAGUGGAGAGUCAGCAGUGUCGGCGAGCAGGAAACUCUAUGAUCUUAUUCACCUGGCAGAGCUAUGUGUCGAUCUCCUUCAGCAGAAUGAAGAACACCAUGCUGAGGCUUUUGCUUGGUUCAGUGACCUUUUGGUAGAACAUGCAGAGAUCUUCUGGUCCCUGUUUGCCGUGGAUAUGGACCAGGUGUUGGCUGAGCAACCACCUGAUACCUGGGAGUCAUUCCCACUCUUCCAGAUCCUGAAUGAUUACCUGAGAACAGAUGAUAAUCUGAAAAACGGGCGUUUCCACCAACACCUGCGGGAGACGUUCGCACCGAUGGUUGUACGAUACGUGGAUCUUAUGGAAUCCUCGAUAGCUCAGUCCAUUCACAAGGGCUUCGAGAAGGAACGGUGGGAGAAUAGGGGGAAUGGAUGUGCGACCUCAGAGGAUCUCUUCUGGAAGCUUGAUGCUUUACAAUCUUUUAUCCGAGAUCUUCACUGGCCUGACCAUGACUUUGCCAAACACCUGGAGCAGAGAUUAAAACUGAUGGCUUGUGACAUGAUUGAAUCUUGUAUAACACGAACGGACCAGGCAUUCCAACAGUGGCUGAAGAAGGGAACUGGCUUCGUGUCCACAGACUAUGUGCUCCCAUCAGAAAUGUGUGCAAUGGUGAAUGUCAUCUUGGAUGCUAAGAACCAGUCCUUUAAGCUGUGUGCAGUUGAUGGUGUUGAUGUGCACCAAUACCACACCAAAAUUGACGACCUUAUCGAGAGAACAAGCAGCUCCAUGACUCAGGGAAUGGUAGCCAAGCUGCUCUCUGUGCUGGAGUCGGUCAUCUCUAAGCUCGGUAGAUAUGACGAAGGAAGCUUCAUUGGCUCCAUCCUGUCAUUUACUAAUGUGAGUGGGUCUGGAAAGGAAUUGGGAAAAGCAUACAUUAACUUUGCAAGAAACUCCAUGGACCAAAUUCGCCAGAAGGUCAACGACGAGCUCUGGAUUUUGAACUUGUUUGAGCAAUGGUAUGCUGCCCAAGUCACCAUGAUCUGUUCUUGGCUGAGCGAAAGACUCGACCACAACCUCCAUCCAUACCAGUGCACCUGCCUCGCACACAUUGUCAAGCUCAUAUUCUCAGAUUUCACAGCGUAUGGCCUAGGCCACGAACAGACUGGGAUUCAGGCCUACAUGGUGGUGAGCCAGCGUGUGGAGGCCGAGCAUCAGCGCCUGAUUCGAAGCGGCAAACUCAAGGAAUAAGUCAACCCUUCCCGUCGUCAAAACCAUGUCCCGUGUUGUUGUCUUAGUCUUAGGAUCUUUUCGUGGCAGGAUGAGUGUUUAGAUGCCUGAGCGCUGCAAACCAAUGACUUUGGCAACCCGUUAAUUUCCCUCCCACACAACAAAGUUGCCAAAACUCUUGUCGGACAUUUCAUAGAUAAUGCGACUUCACGUAUAUUCAAGAUUAUUCCUGACGUCCGGUUUCUGUCCAAUACUUACCUAUGCAAAGCAAGUUCUACAGACCAUUAUUAACAUGUGAUUUGCCUUGGCUGCCAUAUUUAUUUGGUGCAGCUUUGGGACCAUCACCAAGUAAAAGCUAUAUAUCUAUCUAUAUCUGUAUAUAUAUAUACCAGUGUUUCUCUUUGACAUGCAGGAGUUUAAGCACUCUUCCUAUAGACAGAACUCACACUUCCCUUGAUCUACGGGAGUCCUUCGAGCUACUGUGGAGAAGGUGGCUGCUGGUGACCUACUACACAUGUGUUAUUAUAUCUUCUAGAAUCUUACCUCUAACACACAGUUUCGAUGUUUAUAUUUUGCUGUGCUGUGUUUUAUUCAUUUAUAAAGCUAUGAUUCUGAUUCUGUAGUCAUGGGAUUUUGAAAAAUAAUGAUAAUAACUCUUGUUCUUAAGUAAUCUCUUACUGUUGUGCAUCUUAAAAGGGAGAAUAAUGAAUGAGUUAUUGAACAGUAUAUUAUUUUACUAAGAUAUAUCACCUAUGUGGAAGUUUCGAUACAUAAGCUACAUUGUACAGACUGAUUUGGGAAUAAGACAGAAAGAAAAAACAAAUUAUUUUCAUAAUCAGUAGAAAUACACCAAACCUUAGAAUACAUUAAUAAUUUCUGUAUGAAUAACAAAGCGUUUGAUAAUCUAAAAAAGCCUAAUCAAGAAUCCCAAUAACAUUAAAUUGAUGAUCUGAAAUGUAUUUAUAUAUAUUUUCCCUGCUUAUAAAAAAAAGAAUACUAUGAGAGCACAUGAUACAAAAAAAUCUCCCAGUUAUAAUUUCUGACUUCUUUUGUUUUAUUUUUUUCGCUAACUCAUUUCACUCCCUUCUUCAUACUUUCUGUUAAAGGAAAAUAGCCUUCUAUUGUGUCACUGCAUGUGCUUUGAAUAUGUACGUUCCUUUGCUCAAAAUUUAAUGUCCUAAUUCUGUACAUAAAAAGAAAAAAUCAGUGUUUACUCCUCCACUUUUAACAUAACCAUGGCUUCUGGUGUAUUCAACCCUACACUAUAAACAAUUACAUUCAUCUGUAAUGAGUACAGUAUUGAUAAUGUGUAAUCAAAAAAGGAUCAGUUAAAUUUUCUGCUCUGCAUUUCUAUGGAGAAAAAAAUAUCAGUGAAUAAUUGUACCAAACAUUUAUGAUGUAUCAAUGCCUAAGAUGCAUUUUGUCAUUUUAUUUCAACAUUGCAGUAUCAACUUAAAAUAUGAAAACAAGUUUCUUACAUUAUUUUUCUUGUUAGAUUCAUUAUUCUUUGAUUCUGUAUGAUAUGAGAUGCUGAUUUUCAACCCAUGGAAAAUAUAUUUGCUUAGAAUAUAUUUGUAUAUUCUGAAUGAAUUUGAAAUAAGGCAAAGAAAUUUGCUUGAUCAAAAAUUUGAUAAUAAUCUUUUUCUUCUAUUUCUAUUUCUGUUUUCUUUCUUUUUUCCAUUAUGUAGGCUCUUUUAAAGUAAUUAUGAAUUGAUUGAUGAAUCAAUUGAUAUGGGAGAUAAAUAUGUUUUACUUAUCUUUAUUGACUAUAGAUAUUCAGAAUUAAUGCAGUUUCGAAUUAGGCUAUUAAAUAUUAUUUAAAGAUGCAAGGAUGAGAUAUUAAUAUAUGUAUGAGCCUUAUAAUAAUGCAAUCAGUAAUCCAUAAGUGAAUGAUAUUAGCUUUUUGGUUUGCUCAUAUGAGUCUAAAAGUUUGGGUUGAAAAUGAACAACAACUCACAGCUAUAGACAGAGUUGGUUUUCUUUUGCUGUUAAGGCUAUUGUAUAUUUAAUUAUGUUUUUCAUCCAUAUUCUUUCAUUUUCCAAUUUCUUCUCUCUUUUCCUUCUUUUCAGAGAUUCAUCACUUUUAAAUGAAUUGUGGGAGACAGAAACAUGUGCUUAUUCUUAUUAACAUGGCAGUAAAUGCAUACUUUCAGAAAUGAAAGUGUAUGAUUAAUUCAGUCAAACCAAGAAAGGAGCCAGUGAUAUAUAAUAGAUUGAAGAAGUUGAAUUCCUGAAGAUUCUUUAUUAUGCAGAUUCUAGCAAAAAAAUAGAAUAGAGACAAAUGUCUGUUUUUGUAAAAGAUUCAGAAUUAUUACUUUAUUUUAUUGAUAACUGGGAAUACAAUUAGUUUUAUUCAUUAUAAGGAAAUGCAGAUAACUCUUUUAAUUUGAUAAUUUUUAGUAUCAUACUUCUUUCAAAGAAGAAUCAUAUGGCAAAGUAAAAACAUUUAGAGUGUGUGUUGCAGUGUACUGGAGUACUCAUUCAUUAGAUAAAUAAUGGUUUAUAAUAUAUUCUGCAGCAGUGCAUUUUAUGCUAAGGCUGAAUCCUGACAGUUCCAUUCAACAUAUUACACCCAUAAGUAAUAUGUUGUGUUGUAUUUUCUUUAAUGAAAGUGAAAAAGAAUGGUAACUGUAGAUAGUUUCAGAAAUCAGCCGUUAACUAAGCUAUUGGUGGAGUGACAGUGAUUAAUUUUAUCCUCAGCUGUUUA